AUGUCACUGUGGGCGACUUUAUUCUUUUGGCUGGGUAAGAGGUUUGAUUGCCUACUGGCUGCCAUUUAUGCGAUUGUGGACAUACUUACCAUGCAACUCAAUCUCAUUGAGGAUGAACACAGGCCUAUAGUAGUUGAGGGACCUAUGGGAGACAAUAGGCAAGUUCGACGCUUCUUUUUAGUUGGAAGGCUUCUCACCUUGAAGGAUUUUAAGGUACAAUUUUUUAUGAGGACUAUGAAGAAGCUUUGGUCACCCAGAGCUUGUGUAGAGAUCUGCCAACUGGAGAAUGGAGUGAAGGGUGUCCCUCUGGCAUAUAUGGAGAGAUGUACUGGGAAACUCAUUGGUGAUAUCUUGGGGUGGUUUCUUGAGACUGAUUCUGGGAGAGGAGAGGUUAGGAGUCGUCUUGUUUGGAUCAAAUACGAAAAGCUUCCCAAUUAUUGUUAUCUGUGUGGCAUUUGUGAUCAUGUCCUUAAUCAGUGUUCGCUUCGGGAGUCUGUUAUUAACCAUGGGGAGUUCAAACCCUUUAGUCCCUGGCUCAAAGCAGAGGUCAAAGAAUGGUUAGGUGAACCUGAAAUGGAUAACCUAGCUUAG